AUGCAGGACGAAAAUCAGGCCGACGGGGCACUUGAUAUUCACGUCAACCAGCGCCAAGAGCAUUCAGAACUUUUGGAAUCCAUCUUUUGUGUACGUGACGAGCAGUCCGACGACGUAUCCCUUUCAGAUUGGUCUACAGACGAGAAGGACCGCUUCUUUGCAGCCCUCUGUUCACAUUCUGCUUUACGGCCAGAUCUUAUUGCGGAAUCUAUUGGUACAAAGAAUGUUGCUCAAGUCUGCGUAUAUCUUUUCGCAUUGGAGGACGCCGUUGGAAAUUGCGACACAGGACCGCUGAGAUCCGAUCUCGAAAUAGCAAUGGAAGUCACCGAUGAAUGGGUGGAGGCAGAGGAGGAGCAAGCUGCAUUCCUUCGGGACAUCGAGCUUGCUUGGGGGACGGACCUGGGAUCGCAGGACCAUGAUUCAUCAGAGCCAACGGAUGCAAAUUUAACCAGUAUGCGAAACGAUGCACUGAAAAUUUUGACCGUUGAUCAUUGCAAGGUGAUUGAUAAGAUUUUUAGACAAGAAGGAACAUCGUCAGGGAUCCCCUCGUUGUCAGUGCCGGAAACAGAACCGGAAUUGGCUGCUGAAGUAUCUCCGACCGAGCGUCGUCGUCUCAAAAAGAGGCUACACAUGCGUCGCAAACGUGCGGAGAUUGCUGGUACUGAUAUCGUAACGGAUGCUCAGAGACUACAGCGUGGUCGAAAGAGAAAGGCUGUUAGCUCACCACCUUACACCCCCAGUCAAGUGAACUCUGAAAGUGAAGAAGGGUCGGAAUUUGAAGACCGGCACAAGAAAAGGCCGCGGAAACGUGGUUUGACGAGGGAACAGAAAGUACUCGAAACCUUCAUUGACUUGGAAAUCGACGCAGCCGUCUGUCAUAAUCAAGGACUUGACUUAUUCCAUUUACACCCUCUAGGACGACUUCUCACACGACGUCGAGAUACUUCGCAGGCUACGACCACAGUCUCUGCGAUUUCGCUUCACACUAUCCGUCUGCUUGGCGUUAUUUUAUCAGAUUAUGUCACCCGAGUCGUUCAUCGUGCCAUUGUACUCGGAGAACAAGAAAUACUUUUCAAAGGGGGACGUAAGGUCUGGCGCCACGAAAAUGACGAUAUAUACCCGGAAACCAUUAAAAAAGCCGUUACCAUGCUUGGAUACCCUACUACUAAAGCACAAGCCUUUGAGCAUCUCUGUGGAGAAGAUGCGUGCUCGGAUGAUGGCGAUAAUUCAGCAGAUCAGGAGGGGAAUGUCCAAGUUGAUGGCGACAAUCAAGCAGAUCAUGAGGGCAAUGAUCAACUUGAGUCAGAGGAAGGAGUCGAAGAAUCAGACGAUUCUCUGGGCAAUGGUUCGCCAUUGUCUCUCCUAGCUAGCAGUCCUCUCCUUUCCCAUUUCGAGUUGAACCCCCCUUUUAUCCGUUUUCCAACGAGCACCUCUGUCGAUUCGGAGUCUUUGAUACCUUUGGAGACAGACGAGGAAUUAUUGAACGAAGAACUUGCUGAAGAAGAGAUCCUUGAUCAACGAGACCAGGCUUUGGAAAAAAUACAUCAGGAUGAGUUGUGGGCUGCACAUAAAGACAAUAUAGCCGCAUUUCAACAAUAG